AUGGCACCGCCGGCGGUUCUGAUGGUUGGCACGGGGGAGUACACUACCGGUUUCGUAUCAGGCGCUGCAUCGACGUCGGACAAGAAGGUUGGAGUAGUUGGUUUGACAUUAUUCGACCUCCGCCGACGAGGAAAGGUAUCAGAUCUGUCCAUGGUUGGAGUGUCGGGCAAGAAAUUCCCCGCGAUACGACAACAUUUACAAAAGAAUAUCUCUGAGGCUUACAAUGGUCUCGAUGUCUCAUUCAAGUCGUUCCCGUCAGACAGUCAGACCGAUCCGGACGCCUUUAGACCCGCUAUCGAUGCUCUUCCUAAAGGCUCCGCGAUUACCAUAUUCACACCGGACUCCACGCACUUUGACAUUGCGAAAUAUGCGAUUGAGCGCGAUAUUCACGUCAUGAUCACCAAGCCAGCUACGAAGCUCCUCUCCCAUCAUAUCGAGCUCAUGCAGUUAGCUCAAAAGCAUCAGGUCUUCGUCUACAUCGAACACCACAAGCGAUUCGACCCUGCAUAUCAAGAUGCCAAAUUCCGAUCUCGCAGCCUGGGAGAUUUUAACUACUUCUACAGCUACAUGUCACAGCCCAAGUCGCAGCUGGAGACGUUCAAGGCGUGGGCGGGAAAGGAGUCCGACAUCUCCUAUUAUUUGAACUCACACCACGUAGACAUCUGCGAGUGGCUGGUGCGAGACUCAGCAUGGCGCCCAGCGACGGUGCGGGCGAGUGCCAGCGUGGGGAUUUCCGAGACUGUUGGCUGCGUCAAGGGAACAGAAGACACCAUCACUCUGCUCGUGGACUGGACGCGAAGCACCGACAACAAGCGCGCCACUGGAAUCUACACCGCCAGCUGGACCGCGCCCAUGAACGCCGGAGUCCACUCGCAGCAGCACUUCCACUACAUUGCAUCCAAGGGCGAGGUCAAUGUCAACCAGGCCAAGCGUGGCUACGAGGUUGUCGACGAAAAUGAUAUCUCCGGCAGCGCCCUGAAAUGGUAUAACCCCUUUUACAUGCGGUAUGCGCCGGACGAACAAGGGAACUUUAACGGUCAGUCGGGAUACGGAUACGUGAGUUUUGAGAAGUUUAUUGAUGGCGUGACUGGUGUGAAUGAAGGCAAGAUCAGUUUGGAGGACUUGGACAAACGAGGGCUACCUACUCUGGCCAAUACUGUCUACACCACGGCUAUCUUGGAAGCUGGCAGAAGAAGUCUGGACGAGCACGGGAGAUCCGUCGAGAUUGUCGGCGAGGGUGGAGAUAUCAAACUGAAAUAG